ACGAACACUUUUGAAUAAUCAAAAAAAAUUCAUGAUUAGCAUGGAAAGUUUUACUCAUCAUUAGCAAAAUGAACGCAAGAGAACAUCGAUUUGGAGGGACGCCAAAACUUUAUAUAAAACUUAGCUAUAGAAAAACUUGAAGGCCUAAAACACGUUGCAGUUAGUAAAAUGAUCCAAAAGAAUCAAGGAACUCUCCAUCGUCCGAUAGUAUAUAAUAAAGCAUUAAUAUGCAAUCAGAAUUUUCAGUGUGUUUGGCAAAGAAUCGGUUCGAUCAUGGUAAAAAACGAUAAUCUGUUUGGGGCGACAUCUAUUCAUCAUUUGGAUAUUAAAAAAAAGCCGCUCUAUCAGCAUCAAUGGACAGUUCAGGUACAGAAUAAACUUACAAAGUUGAACUCAACUUCGACGUAAGAACGCUCAACAAGUUUGUUCUAUUUCCAUCUCGGCUUCCUUAAAGUUAG